AGGGCGAGACAGUCGCGCGCCUGUCCGGACUUCCGAAGCGAAGGGAGGGGAGAGGAGGCGAAGGCGGCCUGGGAUGAACGCGAGACGCCGACGUCAGAGCACACUCGGCGGGGCCACGUAGUGGGUCGCCCGUCGGUCGGCACCCCUUUUCCCCAUACAUCGCGGUUCAUCCAUCUCUUGUUAGAGGAUACGAGUGCCAGAAGAGGUGUGUUUGUGGCGGAUCGUAAAGGAGCCCACCCGGAGGACGGAGGCAAUGCUCAGUUGAUGGCUCUUCAAGCGCUGAUGGCAGUUCCAUGUGUCCUUUUGCCUUCGUCUGCCCUUCACUUGGAGGACCGCGCCGCUGUGCAGGAAGCGGAAGUGAAACACCGAGGAUUAUAGCUUCAUCAAAGACUUUUAUGGAGCUACAGAAUGUAUGUCUUUCCAACUUGGUUUCCCAUCCUGACCAGCAUGGAUGCUCUAUUUGAAUCCGGUUGACUGUCCCUCACCUCAUCCCGUCCUUUCCAAAGAGGAAGGGCGGGGGUCUGGUGCAGCGCCCCCUGCCCUUCCUUUCUUGUAGGGCGGCUUCAUAAGGUAUUCCUUUAGGCGUUCCCUCUUCAUGAAAUCCUGCCAGAGCCUCAAGGAGGAGGUUUCCGUCCCUUCCCUGGGCGGCAUGUCACAGGAGGAGGGACGCAGCAGGGCACAGGUGACCCAGUCCUACUAUAACACCCCGAACCUGGAUGUGGACCCGGCGGGUAAACUGUACAAAAGAGAGGGAGGCGGCAAGCCUUACUCUGUGUUAGUGGACAACAAAAUGGCCUCCAAGGCGUCGGCGGGAGAGCUCAGCAUCGGCGCUCAGCAGCAGUAUUUCGGAGAGGGUGGGGCAGGGCAGGAAGUGCGCACACAGGGCACACAAGUCACUGGUGACGCCACCUCAGAGGAGAUGGAGGAGGAUGAUGACGACGAAGAAGAGGACGGCGUGGAUGGCGGAGAGGAAGGUGGGUUCAAGCGCGAACAGAUCAUCGUUGAAGUCAACCUCAACAAUCAGACCCUCCACGUGUCCAAAGGGGACAGCAAAGGUGGAACCGCAGGGGACGACUCCGAGAGAGCCGGUAGUGAGGAGGAGGAGGAGGACGAGGAAGAGGACAGCCCCGAUGAGGAUGAUGAUGAGGAGGAGGAUGACGACGAGGAAGAGGAGAUUGAAAGUCACAGAGCGAGAUCAAAGAGGACCCACCGGGGAGGCCCGGCUUCCGGCCAACUGCAGAGGAAAAGCCUCCGCACGGCUCUGAGCUCGCAGUCCUCCGGGAUGACCACCAGGGGGCGGCGGAAGCACGCCGAGCCGCCCAAGAUCCAGCGGCGAUCAGCCAGGUCGGCCCCGCCGUUGUCCGCCGGCGCCGUGGCGGGGGCCAAAGCCGAAGCGGAGGAGAAGGAAAUGCUGGCGUGCGAGAAGUGCCCGCGGGUGUUCAACACGCGCUGGUACCUGGAGAAGCACAUGAACGUGACGCACCGGCGGAUGCAGAUCUGCGACAAGUGCGGCAAGAAGUUUGUCCUGGAGAGCGAGCUGGCCUUGCACCAGCAGACCGACUGCGAGAAGAACAUCCAGUGUGUCUCCUGCAACAAGUCCUUCAAGAAGCUGUGGUCGCUGCACGAACACAUCAAGAUCGUGCAUGGCUACGCAGAGAAAAAGUUUUCCUGCGAGACCUGUGAGAAGAAGUUCUACACCAUGGCUCAUGUGCGCAAGCACAUGGUCGCUCACACCAAGGACAUGCCGUUCACCUGCGAGACCUGCGGCAAGUCCUUUAAACGCAGCAUGUCCCUCAAAGUCCACUCGCUCCAGCAUUCUGGGGAGAAGCCCUUUCGUUGCGAGAACUGUGACGAGCGGUUCCAGUACAAGUACCAGCUGCGCUCCCACAUGAGCAUUCACAUCGGACACAAGCAGUUCAUGUGCCAGUGGUGCGGCAAAGACUUCAACAUGAAACAGUAUUUUGACGAGCACAUGAAAACUCAUACAGGAGAGAAGCCUUUCAUCUGCGAGAUCUGCGGCAAGAGCUUCACCAGCCGGCCCAACAUGAAGCGCCACCGCCGCACCCACACGGGCGAGAAGCCGUACCCCUGCGACGUGUGCGGCCAACGCUUCCGCUUCUCCAACAUGCUCAAGGCUCACAAGGAGAAGUGCUUCCGGGUCACCAGCCCCGUGGUCCUGCAGACUAGCGGCCCGCACGUGCCUGUCGGAAUCUUUGCCAGCACCUUCUCCGCCGCCACCACCACCACCACGUCUUUGUCUUCUCCUGGCCCCGGACCCUCCAGCGCCACCACGCCCACUGCCAACAAUGCGGCCCCCCUGGCCCUCAGCCCACCGGGGGCGUCCUUGCCCCCACGAGGCCCUUUGGGACACACCUUCUCCCACGUGCAGAUCCACUCGGCCUCCCCUCACCACCACCACCACCACCACCACCACCCCCAGCAGCACCUCUCAAACGCGCCCCAACCCAACCUCCACGCCCACCACCACCUGGCCGUACCCCCGGUCUCCCACCUGCCCCCUCCCCCGGCCCUUUUUAAGAGUGAGCCCCUAAACCACUGUGGGCAUGAAGACAGCACCUACCUGCACCACAUGGCCCCCGCUGACAAGGGUCCCGGCGCUCCUCAACACCAUUGACUCACAAGCCCCACCAUUUUCCCCACACGGCCACCGCCUCAGUCUCUUAGACCCUGACAUAAACACACCCGUGGAUGGCGCUCUCACAGGUAGACCACAUAUUUAGCAUUAUGUACAUAAAUGUGUCUUCACUCAGACUACUCAAACUGGAAUCUUGAUUAUGAUUUUUUUUUACCAAGUAGAGCCUUGUUUCCACUAAAUGGGACCAUUCCGUUCAUUCCUUUGCACAUUCAAAGCUCUUUUUCUUUCUCUAGUAUUACAUUUUCAGCCUCCUUUUGUCGGAGUACCGAUCGCAAAGAUGUGACAUGAUUUGUUUGUAUAAUUGCUCAACUGAGAGUUGCCUCUUGGAAUAUAAGGAGGUAUUUACACUAGGGGUGUCCCGAUUCGAUAUUAAUAUCGGAUAUCUGUCUGAUAUCGGCAAAAACAAAACAAGUAUUGGAUGAUAUCGGCUUGCAUCUAAAAUCUCCGAUACAAGCAGUCCUGCAAGUGUUUACUGGACAGCCAGUGAACAUCUAAAAGUGCUCCAAAAAGUACACAAAGUUGGUCGUUUGUUUUAUUUCAGUCAAGUCAUUUACAAAAUGUAAACAUUGUAGUCUAUAGGCUCCUAGAAGCAAGCAGCUACACAACAGCUAAGCACACAAGCGAGACAGACAUACGUAAUAAUUAACGGAACAAUAUUUCAGUCAGUAUUAACAAGUAUCAAAUAGUUAUAGUUGCAUAUUACUUACACAUCAGGGUUAAAGCGUAUUUGAAAGUAUCCAGUAACAAACGUGUUCGCAUCAUUCAACUUACUGCAUCAUGAGCUUGACUUAAUAAAUUAUCGUGACCACUGUGUCACAAAAAAACACCUUACCACUCUACUUUAAAAGCAUAAAUAUGUCAUAAGAUUAGGGCUGCAACAACUAAUCGAUUAAAAUAGAUUAUAAAAAUAGUUGCCGAUUAAUUUAGUCAUCGAUUCGUUGGAUCUAUGCUAUGCGCAGAGGCUUUUUUUUUUUU